ACGCCCUACUGCUAAUCGGUACCACAAUGUCCCCUCCAGCCUCCGCUGCGGCAGCGAGUGAAAGCAGUACAACCACCGUUUUCGAGGAAGACACCAGAGAAGAGCAGAGGCCCUUGAAGCAAUCCCUGAGCAAGUCCCUGUGUAGAGAGAGCUUCUGGAAAUGCCUGCUGCUCUCUAUGCUCAUGUACGGCUGCAUGGGAGCCAUGGUGUGGUGUCAUGUCACCAAGGUGACUCGCCUCACCUUUGACAGUGCCUUCAAAGGGAAGUCCAUGAUGUACCAUGACAGCCCCUGUUCUGACGGAUACAUCUACAUCCCUCUUGCCUUCCUGCUCAUGCUCUACCUGGUCUACUUGGUGGAGUGCUGGCACUGCAAUGCCAAGAGUGAGCUGCAGCAUAAAAUGGAUGUAGAGGGCAUUUAUGAACGUAUCCAAAGGAUGCAGCAAGCAAAACCCUGUAUCUGGUGGAAGGCCAUUAGCUACCAUUAUGUGAGACGGACUCGGCAGGUCACACGCUAUCGUAAUGGGGACGCCUACACCAGCACACAGGUCUACCACGAACGGGUCAACACCCAUGUGGCUGAGGCUGACUAUGACUAUGGUCACUGUGGGAUGAAGGACAUCUCAAAACAACUGCUUGGUCUGGAGAAGGCCCCACUCACCAAACUGAGAUUCACCAAGUGCUUUAGUUUUGCUAAUGUGGAGUCUGAGAACUCCUACCUCACCCAAAGAGCAAGGUUCUUCACUGACAAUGAGGGGCUUGAUGACUAUAUGGAGGCACGGGAGGGGAUGCACCUGAAGGACAUUAACUUAAAGGAGUGUGUGAUUGUGUUUUCUGAACCUGACCACCACCCAUGGUAUGUGUCUCAUCAUGUGUUCUGGGCAGCAUCCUUCCUCACCUUAUCGUGGCCCCUGAGGGUUUUCACAGAGUACCGCACUGCCUACGUCCAUUACCGUGUGGAGAAACUCUUCGGGGCGGAUUACGUCCCUGUGACGCCUCUCGAUGAACGCCCUUACAGCCACCGGAUCCCCCGGGUCAACACCAUCGACAGCACAGAGCUGGAGUGGCACAUCCGUUCUAACCAGCAGUUAGUGCCUAGCUACUCUGAGGCCGGACUCAUGGAACUGGCCCAGUGCUCCUCUGGUGGCUUUGGCGGUUUAAGACAGAACUGCGAGCGCUGUCACCGGGCAAUGAGCAGCUCCUCUGUUUUCUCCAGGAGUGCCCUCAGCAUAUGUACCGGCAGUAGCCCGCGGGUCGGCCGGGUGCCCUACAGUGGCAGCCGCUUCUCCUUGGGCCGGCGCUACGGAUCGCGACGCAGCUGUUUCUGGAGGAGUAGAAGCAGUUUGGAUGAGCGAUUGAGUCCCAGUGAGAACACCCGCUGUCUUUCCGGGCGCCUAACCACUGACGACGAGGACCCCCCAGAUUACCAAGAUGCUCUCUGCUUCCCAGUGCUCAUUUUUCACUGUAGUGAGAACUGCCACAAUCACAGGUCCUUUCAUAGGAAUGGCUCCUGUGUGGAGACCUCUCUAUGACAAUGCAAUGUAUUCACAGAUAGCAUGACUUUGUGUGUGAACAAAGAUGUU